AUGGAUGCUCGUCCAGGUGAGUGCCAACCCGCCAAUAUAUCCUGCGUUCGACACCCGAUCAGCCUGGCAACUGCGAUCACGGUGCUCCUGAUACUGAAGCUACAACCCUCGAAACACCAGAAUCCUCCUGCGGCCCCCACCCUCCUUCUGGCCCAGUGUGUUUGCUGGCUACGUAACACCCGGUUGAUCAUCGACUGGCAUAACUUUGGCUACUCGAUCCUGUCGAUGAAGCUCGGGUCCAAGCACCCGAUGGUUAAACUAUUGCGGCAUCAUGAAUUGAGAGUUUGUCGUUUCGCGACGGCUAAUUUCUGCGUGAGCAACGCGAUGGCCAGGGUGCUCCAGGAAGAGGUCGGGAUCAAAGCUCCUGUACUGGUGCUGCAUGAUCGCCCAUCGCCGUUGUUUCAGCCCGUAUCCAGCGAGGCGGAGCGAUUUGAGUUUUUAGCCCACCUGCCGGAAACCACUGAUUUUAUGAAAGCUGUCCGUGAUGGCAAAAGGUCCGAGCUCAUCGAUUACGCAAAGCUCCUUGCAUGUUCCUCUUUGGGUGUAUGCUUGCAUACAAGUAGUAGUGGCGUCGAUCUACCCAUGAAGGUUGUGGAUAUGUUCGGCGCUGGCCUGCCCGUAGUUGCAUGGGACCGGUACGAGUCAUGGCACGAGCUGAUUACAGAUGGUGUCAACGGCAGAGGCUUUGGUAGCGCCGAAGAGCUUUGCAACCACCUCGUCGAUCUCCUUGGAGAGGAUAGGUCCAAGCUCCAAUCACUUCGUCUCGGGGCAAGAAGAGAAAGUCGUCGACGAUGGGACGAUGAAUGGGAUCCGAUAGCAGGGAGAUUCCUAGGUUUGCCCUCUUCGUAA